GAUCCAGAAUUCAGUGCCCAGCGUUAUACUCGUGAUAUUCCGGUACCACGAUUCGGCCACUCGUCGUCAGUCACUAACGAUAAAGUCGGUUUUCAUUCCGCUUCUGACUCAAGGAAAGAGCUUCUCCACGCUUCGGCGAUUAUGACACACAUUUCCUCGCCUAAGUUGAGAACCCCUGCAAGGUCAUUCGCCUGUAGACGGAAUGGCUCACCAUGGUUGUGCCGGCGGCACCGGCGAGUGCUUAUAAAACCGCUUUAUCACAAACUCUGCUAGUCUCUCGACACUCUCCAAACCUGCUAGACGCGUCACGUCCACUGUUCUCUAGAAACUACAUUCUCUCAAACAAGAAGCUGAAAUGACGAUCGAUCUGUACUACGUACCGGGAAGCGCGCCUUGCCGUGCUGUUCUACUAACUGCCGCUGCUGUUGGUGUCGAAUUGAAUAAAAAAAUGACCGAUCUGAUGAAAGGCGAACAUCUGAAGCCCGAGUUUUUGAAGAUGAAUCCCCAGCACACAAUACCGACCUUGGACGACGACGGUUUUUACCUCUGGGAAAGUCGCGCCAUCAUGGGAUACUUGGUUGACAAAUACGCGAAGAACGAUUCUUUGUUCCCGAAGGACCCUAAAUCUCGGGCGCUUAUCAACCAGAGACUUUACUUCGACCACGGAACUCUCUACAACGCAUUCGCUGAAUACUUCUAUCCAACGAUAUUCGGCAACGCGCCUGCCGAUCCGGUCAAGCGGGAGAAGAUCGAUCAGGCACUUGAAUUUCUGGACAAGUUCCUCGAAGGGCAGAAAUACGCCGCUGGCAAGUCCCUCACGAUCGCUGAUCUCGCUCUGGCAGUGACCGUAUCCAAUUUCGAGGUGAUGAACCUCGAUCUGAGCAAGUUCAAGAACGUCGUACGUUGGCUUGCCACUAUCAAGUCCGAAGCUCCGAAAUACGAGGAGACGAACGGAGCUGGAGCCAAAGCCUUCAAGGAGCUAGUCGACAGUUUGAAGAAGUAUUGGAAGCAAAUCUACGACAUGUCACUUGACUUGUAUUACACACCAUUCAGUCCCCCGAGCCGUGCAGUGCUGCUGGCAUCCGAGGCGAUUGGAAUUUCCCUCAACUGUAUAAACGUCGAUUUGUUCAGCGGUGAACAACUUAAACCAGAAUACGAGCAGUUGAAUCCGCAAAAGACGGUCCCGCUCUUGAUCGAUGGCGACUUCAAGCUAGCCGAAAGUCGAGCCAUCAUGAUUUACCUGGUGAACGCGUACGGUAAAAACGACAGACUUUACCCGAAGGAUCCAGCUGCACGUGCUGUUGUAAACCAGCGUCUUUAUUUCGACAUGGGCCAUCUGUACAAGAGUAUCGCGGAAUAUUUUUACCCAGUUCUUUUUAUGGGAGCUACAACGCACGAUCCGGCAAAGUACGAUAAUUUGACUUCGGCUUACGAAAUCUUGGACAAAUUGUUGGACGGCCAAGAUUAUGUAGCAGGGCGGAAUUUGACUCUGGCUGAUUUGUCCAUGGUAGCGUCGGUGUCAACCGCUGAUGCGCUUAAUUUUCAUCACAAAAAAUACGGAAACGUUAGCCGAUGGUACGAACGAGUGAAACGAUCCGCACCAGGGUACCGGAAAGUCAAUGCUGAUGGAGCAGAAAUUAUGAAGCAAUUUCUAAAGGAUCCAGAAGCGUAAAACGAUCGACGGACGAGAAAAAUUAAACAGAUGUUUCACGCCUGUACAGUUUAGUACACCAGGCGUAUCUUCGACGGCAAUGUUUAAUCAAUAUGUAUUUUAUCCAACACGUUCCUACUACGUAGGAAAGUAAAUAGAGAACAGUUCCGUACAUCAACAGGCAAAUUUCGUUACGGGGUAAAAAUUUUUUCCUCGCAUUAAUUUUCUUCUCCACGAUCCAGCUCGAUAACCUUUGUAAAUUAAUACAAAGUAUUAGCUUA